GCUAUAGUUGUUGUUUUUGCUGCUGUUGUACAAAUUUUUUUUGUUUAUUGUGUUUUGUUAGGGAGAAGAAAAUAAAUUUAUAUUAAAUUUUUUCUUAUUAUUCGGCUAAAAAAAUGAUACACUUGACUGGACAAAAUUAUAAUACUCGAGAAAUUGUGCAAAAUAUUUUCUCCCCUUUAAUAGGUGUACUCAGUAGUCCCUAUGCCGAUGAGGUGUGUCAUCGUAACAAUUUAUCAUUUGUGGAAUUGUUGCAACCUUUUGCUAAAUUGCAAAAUGAUGCUCAUUUUCGUGAUGUUUCGGGCACUAGUGUUUCCAUUAGAGGCCUGCGUUUGAAUUUCUGUGAUGUAGACUGGCGUCCACCACAAACGGUGUUGGCACGUAAAAUGCUCAACGAAUCAGUGACCAAUGCCCAUAAUGAUAAAACCAAAGUAGUACACAUGGGUGACGUCAGCUUAGAGGUGCCCACCUCGGAACCUUGGUUUGAAAAUUGGCGUGAAACUUUUUUGACAGUACAAUUUCCUGCUGAUCAUGAAUUUACACGUCAUUUACUUAGCUGUCUCAUUGUAUUAUCUAGUGGUGAUCCCAAUAUUGUAGAAACCGCCCACAAAUUGUCGCAAAAUGUUCAUCAAAUGCAAAGUGUUACACCCCAAAAGCUACCCAAAUGGUUUCAAUCAUCAGAUGUACUCAAUAGCUAUGUCGUACUGCACGAAGGCAGUCAGGGUGAUUUGUCUAGGGCUCAACAGGGUUAUGAAAUGUUAAAGUCUACUUUUGGUGACACUAAAUGUUUUCUAAUACAAAUCAAUUCUUUGGAUUCGAAUGUAACCAGUGAGGUGCCUGAUUACUGGGCACCAUUUUUGAGAAGACAACCAAAGUCUUCGGAUAAUUUAGGUUCUGCUGGCACGGGUGGUGAUCAAUUGAGUGGUCAUAAAACUCCGCAGGAUAAUCUAUCGGUUACGGGUUUGCCUACCAUGCAAAUGUCCGUUUUAAGUGAUGCUGUGGCUAAUAGUGAUUCAGGAGAUUUUGCGGGUAUAAUGCAUCCUCUAAGUCCCGUGCAGGAGAAUGCCACUGAGGCCAUAAAUUCGAAAUUUUCCAUAAGCAGUGAAAGUAUUGCUUCACAAACUAUAAAUCCCAAUGUUUGGACCGGAGACUAUGAUGCACCUCAUGGACAGUGUCUAAACUCUAUGGAUGUGGAAAAUUUAAGACAUUUUGUACAAGAUUAUGCGGUCAGAGCUUUAAUACCCUAUGUAGAACAUUUGGUGGGCAUACUAAAUGAAGCAGUCACAAAUAAAAAAGGAGUUAGUAAGUCUUUAUUAAGUGCCACAAAACGUUGGUUUGUUACCAGCAAACCGGGAGCCAGUGUUAGCAAUCAAAAUGCUGUCAUUUACACCCAUGAAUCGGCUGAACUACAGACCCGUAAAUUGGGUGAUUUGUAUUUUAUGUUUGGCCAUUAUAAUAUGGCUUUCCAGGCCUAUCAUCAGGCUAAAAGAGAUUUUAAUGCCGAUUCUGCUUGGCAGUAUUAUGCUGGAGCUUUAGAAAUGGCUGCUCUAUCGGCUUUUAUGUUGGGUACAGCCAAUCGUAAAACUUAUGACUACAUGGAGGAUGCCAUAGUGUGCUAUUUAAACACCUGCAGACUCCAGCAAUUUGCCACUCGCGCCACCUUAUUAAGUAUGGAAUGCUUGAAGACAGCUCGUUAUUAUGGCGAGGCAGCCAAACAAUUAAUACGCAUGACUAGUGAAGAAUCUGAUUUGCGUUCUGCUUUACUGCUGGAACAGGCUGCCUAUUGUUUUCUAGCCUCUUCACCGGCCAUGCAUCGCACCUAUGCCUUUCAAAUUGUUUUAUCUGGCAAUCGUUAUUCUCGUGCUGGUCAACGUAAGCAUGCCUAUCGUUGUUAUAGUCAAGCCUAUCAAGUAUUUCAACAUAAAGGCUGGAGUUUGGCUGAGGAUAAUAUACAACAUACCAUGGCCAAACAGGCAUAUAUGCUGAAGAAACUAGAGGAGGCCAGUCGUUCGUUGGCUCAUCUUUUGAGACCGGGUAGUCUGCAGAAUGGUCAACAGCAAAUGAGCUUUCUUAAAGAGUUUAUACAAACACAAAAUGAAUAUAUAAAACGCCAUCCUGAAUUGGGUUUAUUGGCUCAUGCUUUGCCCCAAGUAGUACAAGACUCCAUAAAAGUACUUACUCUAUCACCUGUACCUACUGCUAAUGCUAAUCAUGUGCCAGCCUCUAAUAUUGAUAUAAAUGCCGAUUUAAAUGAAGAAUCUGUUUGGCAUAAAAUCGAAGAAAUGAUUGUUACUACUGCUUCUGCCAAUAAGCCUUUGGUUUUUAAACCUUCUAGAAGUUUAUUUACCAAAGAAAAUCCUACAACAGAUAAUCCUUUAGCAGUUCAAGGAGAACCUAUUGAAAUAGCUGUAACAAUUUCAAAUACCAUACGCUGCAGUAUUAUCCUUAAUAAUGUAGAACUUUUAUGGCGUUUAAAGCUAGACAAUGAGGAGGAGUUAACCAAUGUUAGUCUAUUUGAAAAUGCUGCAGAAAAUCCCAACAAAGCUGCUGUUAUGGCGGCCAUAAAAACUAGUGGUCUACAAACUUUGCAACUUGAGGAAAAGGGCAGUCAAACAUUACACUUCAAAUUGACGCCCAAAUUAACGGGACGUCUUACUAUAGUGGGUAUUGUGGCAAAUGUGGCCUCGGCAGCUGAACCUCACAACACUUUAAUGGGUUCUUUGCAAUUUGAGACGCAAACCUUUAGGCCACCAGGCAAACAAAGUAAACAGACAUUAUUUGAUCAGAAACUUAAUAUACGUGUUAUACCAGCUGUGCCCUGGUUAAAUGUUAGCUUCUCCAAUAUACCCACUGAUUUAAUAGCGGGAGAGAUUAUGCCAGUUACUAUAGCCUUAAGAAAUGAGGGUAUAAAACCUAUAGAAGAAAUCUAUUUAGGUUGUGACAAUCCCAGAUGGCUGACUCUACAAGACAAAGAGGCAGAUAUUCCACUGUCCAUACUAAGUUCUCUCAAAGAUUUAAACAAUGAAAAAUUGGUUAAAGACAAAGAAAUACGUCGACAACAUGUUUUUCGUUUACUUAAGAACAAAUCUAAUGACAAUGUCGCCCUCAAAGCUCAAGAAGCCACCACAAUUACAGCCUGGCUACAGGCACCCUUUGAUAAGGGUGAUUACACUUUACGUUUAUUGUUCUAUUAUGCUUUACCUUCUUCAGAUUCAAGUCUUAAAUAUCGUUUAGUACGUCACAAUUGGAAAUUUAAUAUACACGAAAGUUUACACACCGAAGUUAGUUGUGUUGUUAGCAACUCGGUCAUUGGUGAAUUGGGUCUUAAUAUCGAGGUACGCAAUGAAAAUAAAUUGCAUCAUCCCUUAAUGUCGGAAUUGUACAUUAAUUCGUUGGCCCUGUAUUGUGAUCAAUUUAAACUGAAUAAGGAAAAGUUCUAUUUAAUGAAUCAAAUGGAGAUCAGUGGUGGUCUUUUGGGAGAUCGCUGUCUUAAAUCCACCAAAUCUGCCAGUUUUCAAUGUCGUCUUCUUAAACCUUUUAAUGCAGAACCACUGCCCUCUAACUUCCCCCCACAAGAUAUACUCAAGGCACGCCUCUCCUAUAUGGAUGUUAUGCCUAUGAAAACAACUACACCUCAUCCAGAACAUAACAUUCCAAAAAUUUCCGAAAUGUAUAGUUUUCUCGCCAAUCAUGAAACUAUAUAUUUCAAUACGAACAUAACAACCGAAGAGUUUAAUAAUACCAUUGCCUCCUAUGAACCACACACUACUUUGGCCAUCUGCUGGACAGCUGCUAUUGUACAAAAUUCCAUACAACGUUUAGCUUAUGGACAACAUUUUGUACAAUUGAAAUAUUUAUAUGAAAAGAAAUCGUGUCCGAUGACGGGCGAAUUAAAACAAUUUAAAAAUCUCGAUAAAGAUCAGGAUAAACUCUUGACUAUUACGGAAUUUUCACAAAAGAAAUCACAAGAAAUUAACGAAGUAUUAGUGGAUGAUAAGAUAAAGGCGGAACAAUUACAAACAUUCGAUGAUGAUGAGGAUGAUUUUUGGGAACCGAAUGAUACAUAUGUGGGACAGCGGUGUUUGUUGGAGGAUGAAACAUUUUUAGUAACAACAAAAGCUUAAAUAUAGGAAUCCAUAUUGAUUAGUUUUGUUCUUGUGCAUUAAAUAUUUGUGUGUAAUUAUGCAAAUAAAUAUUUAAAAUAUUA